UCCGGGGCGGGGCAAAGGAGAUCACUUCCGGAACCAUCCGGGCACCCGGCGGUUGCCAUGACGACGAGGUUGCGGCCAAUGGCUGGCGGACGGGCCUGAGGUUCCCGGCGUGCAGCGCGGCUGCCUGAGGGCGGCGGGCUCAUGGCGCCGGGGUCGUGGUUGCUCGCGCUCUGGGCGCUGGCGGCUCUGGUUCUACCCAGCUCGGGGGAGGAGGGCGACGGCGGGUGGCGCCGGGGCGGGCCGGGGGCCGCGGCCGAGGAGCAGCGCUGCACGGUGGAGCGCCGCGCCGACCUUACCUACGCCGAGUUCGUGCAGCAGUACGCGUUCGUCAGGCCCGUUAUCCUGCAGGGACUCACGGACAACUCGAGGUUCCGGGCCCUGUGCUCCCGCGACAGGUUGCUGGCGUCGUUCGGAGACAGAGUGGUUCGGCUGAGCACCGCCAACACCUACUCCUACCGGAAGGUGGACUUGCCCUUCCAGGAGUAUGUGGAGCAGCUGCUGCACCCCCAGGACCCCACCUCCCUGGGCAAUGACACCCUGUACUUUUUCGGGGACAACAACUUCACUGAAUGGUCCUCACUUUUUCGGCACUACUCCCCACCCCCAUUUGGUCUGCCGGGUACCGCUCCAGCUUACAGCUUUGGAAUCGCAGGAGCCGGCUCGGGGGUGCCCUUCCACUGGCACGGGCCUGGGUACUCGGAGGUGAUCUACGGCCGUAAGCGCUGGUUCCUCUACCCACCUGAGAAGACGCCAGAGUUCCACCCCAACAAGACCACGCUGGCCUGGCUCCGGGACACAUACCCAGCCCUGCCGCCGUCUGCACGGCCCCUGGAGUGUACCAUCCAGGCUGGUGAGGUGCUGUACUUCCCCGACCGCUGGUGGCACGCCACACUCAACCUUGACACCAGCGUCUUCAUCUCUACCUUCCUUGGCUAGCCGUGGCAGCCGGCAGGCACUCCUGUCACACAGAGCACUUCUUCCCCAGCUUGUGCUCACGGAUUUUAUUACACAGACGGUGGCCGCAGCCCAGCCCACCCUCACCUGCUUUUCCAGCCCAGAAUGGGGGACGGGGAGGAUCACAGCCCAGCAAGAGCUAUGCUGAGAGGGGAGCCGUCCAGAGCCCAACAGCAGAACUGGGGGGAAGGGAAAGGGUGGCCAGGGACACAAGCUAUGUACAGGGGCUGGGGGCUUCUGCCCGUGGCCCUCCGGGGCCAGGACACUGGGCAGGGCGAGGAGCUCAGUAGUCCUCCACCCAGCCGUUCUCAGAGAUGAAUGCAUCAAUGACCUCCUUCAUAGCCAGGUUGGGAAUGAGCUGUUCCUGCGUCAGGGGGCUCCGGGUCACAGGGUCAAAAUGGCCUACACGCUGCAGUGACAAGAGGCAGAGGCUGCUCAGCAAGCCUAGGACCCUGCUGCUGGCCCUGCCCACCCCCUGGCCCCAGCCUCACCUGCAGGUGCUCCUCGAUGUCCUUGCGGUCGUAAGUGAUGCCACUGGGUGUGAUGCACGGCUCCCGCAUCAGCUCAAAGCUGAUCUUGCCACACAGGUAGUCAGGGAUGUCGCGCUUCUGUGGCACAUGGGCACAGGGUCAGAGGCUGGGAAGGGGCUGCUCCAGGACCUACCACCCACAGCAGCACUCACCUUCCUCUUCUCAUCCACCUGAGAGAAGAGCUCAUCCAUGUCCGCCAUGUAUCUGUCCUGUGGAAAGUUGAGCAGUGCUUGGGAGGGACACCCCACUUCCCUCCUCCGUGGUACCCAGACCCAACACGAGGCAGGGACACACAGACCCACAGCAGGGUGGGGACGCUCCCGUGCCACGUGUGCACACACACAGACCCACAUGUGGAUGGGGGCACCCUCACGUGCUUGGCCUCAAUGCAGGCCUGCUGGGCCCGGACGUGACUGUCGUCCUCGUCACCCUCGUGGUUCUGCUGGCACUCUUUCAGCUCCCUGGGGGAUGACCAGGAGCCCGUCAGAGACGGACCUGGCCAGAAGAUGUCUGACCACACCCCAGACUCAGGGCUAACAUCCAGGCUUCUUCCCCACAUGCACUGCUCGCCAGUAAAACUUUCAGUAAACAUUCGUGUUGGCGGUUGGUUAUUCAGAAUUAUCCCCAGACAGCGCGGCCUGGGGUAAGGGUCCCACCUCUCACGCUCCGCCGCAAUGAGCCUCGAAAGGUAGGAGUGCAGCUCACUCUCCUGGUGGAUGCGCCGCUCCUCGAUGCUGUUCCAGCGCUUCUUCUUCGCGAUUCGCAGAGCGCUGGGGAUGUCGUCCCCAAAGUUCAGUCGCUGCUCCUUGGCCAGGCUGUAGGCUGGGGAACAAGGGCUUCCGGUCACGCUGGCCAGUCCAACCGCCUGGUCCCAGGGGCCCCGCACCCAGGCAGCUUGUCGGCCAACCUCGCUGCAAAUUGGCGAUGGCCUCAUCAUAGCUCUCCAUCUCCAGCUGGCACUGCCCCAAGAAGAAGUGCGCCUUCACAGACUGCCCGUCCAGCUCCAGGGCGCGCCGGCAGUCGGCCAGGGCCUGCUCAUGCUGCUGCAUCUUCAGGUAGCACAGGGCCCGGUUGGUAUAAUACACGGCCACCAGCGGGUUCCGGGUCUAGGGACCAAGGCCGGGCCAGCCGCAUCAGGCGUAGGCUCAGCGCGCCCCCUCUGUCCCAGGGCCCGUCCCAGCUUCUGCGAUCUGGCUACGAUCAAGAACCUAGACCUCUCAGUAGCCAAAGCCUCUGGGUCCAAGGAUCUGCAGACACGGGACUACUGGCUGAGCCUACACACCUCACUCCGGUUGGUUCUGUAGAGUUUUCCAAAUCUUUGGAGAGUCCCAGCUUUGGACCCUGGCCUCCCACCCACCCGGCCGGCCUCCAUCUAGCAUCCCACCCUCGUUCCCCGGCACCUGGCGCUGGGAUCGAGAACCAAUGCUGGGCUUUCGGAGCCCAGGAUACCCGCCGCGGAGGAGCCAGACCCUCGGCGGGGCCGGCCGAUCGCGGGCGUGGCUCUCCGACUCGCCGUCGCCGCCUUCCCCACGCGGGCGCACUCACGAUCGCGCGGCCGUAGCAGGCCGCCGCCUCCGGGUACUUUCGGCCCACAAACAGACGGUUGCCCUGUUCCUUGAGCUCCUGCGCGCUCGGGCUCUUCUCCGGGCUUCCGCCGCCAGCGCCCAGCCGCGCGCCGCCCUCCUUCUCCUCCUUGCCCUUCAUGGCGCCGAGCGGCACGGCCUGGGCUGCGCUCCCAAGCUCCGCGCCUGACGGCCCUGCACCCGAAGCCCGAGCCCGAGCCCUGCAGCCCGAGCCCACGAUCAGCUCGGGCCCGGCCCAGCUCCGCCGCCGGAACUUCCGGCCGGGGGCGGGAUCGGCGGGGACGCAGGCGUCGGGGGGCGGGUAGGGCCGCGCGUGCGCCCAACCAGCCUGGGCGGGGACAGUCGGCCCGCGACGUAGCUGGCUGCGAGGAACGGUCCGGUUCCCUGGCCCCGCGUUUUUCAGGGUCGGCAUUCGCGGAGGCCAGCCCCGCCCCGCCGAGGCCUCUUCAGAACUGGCCUCGGUGGCGGCCGUCCCAUAUAUUCGGUUUUCUCUGUGAGGUGCCUCAGCCUUGGUUCGCUGAGGGCGUGCUUCCCUAAAAGCCUGUCCCGCCCACGUGGGAUUCCGCCCCUGCCCCAACCCGUAAAGACCCCAUCUGCAGAGGUCCCGCCCCCAGCAGCCCGCCCCGCCCCCAACAACAGGCCGCAUCUGCGGCGGUCCCGCCCCCGGCACCCGCCCCCACUCCCAGCACCUGGCCCAUCGGCAGAGGCCCCGCCCCCGCAGCCACCCCCAUCGGCGGAGGCCCCGCCCCCAGCACCCGGCCACGCCCCCAUCAGUCAGCCCCGUCUGCAGAGGUUCCGCCCCUGGCAGCCGGCCCCGCCCUCGGGGGGGGUCGACUCCGUUUGCAGAGGUCCCGCCCCCAGCAGCCGGCCCCUUCCGCAGAGGCUCCGCCCCUGAGAGCCGACCCCUCCCCUCCACGUAACAUGGCGGCCUCCCACGCGCUCUGGGGCUGUGGGGACCCCAGCGGCUUGCUGGGCUGCCAUCCUGGAAUGCCACCGAAAGGUGCUACGAGCGCGCGCGGGCCCCCGAGAGCGGCUGGAAGCCGUGGACCGUUGGUAGACUGGGUCCACCACUCCAGGCAUCCUGACCUGGCCUCCCACAGAGAGGCCGCUUUUGGCCAUGUCUUCAGCAGCCUGUGGCCACCAAUCCCCUGAGCUGGUUGUGCACCGCUUGACCUCCGCCUUCUGACUCCUGCCAGAGUCGGGGGCCGCAGUCAUAAAGUUGUGUGCCCUCCGCGGUGUGGGCCCACCACAGAGCAGUCCUGGCGGUCGGAGCUCCACAGCUGGAAGCCUUCUUGUCAGAUGAGGCAGUGGCCACAGUGACCAGUCUUCUGACCCCACAGUACACCCUCAGGCACAACCUGCUGUCCCUGGGCCGGGUUCAAGCUCUGAGCCAAGCCAGUGCCUCAGGACAGUGGACUCCUCACCUAGUGGAGACAGCGCUGUGGACCGGGGCCUUGGGGCAGAGGCUGUGCCCACACCUGUUGCCCAAACUUGGCCCCAGCUUGGCCACCCACGAGGAUGCUAGGCCAGCGAAGAAGCGCAGGACCCAGGCUGAGUGGACUCGGCUACGGCCCUGGCCCACUCACCUGCCACACAACCUCAGGCCUCGGGUGUCACUGGAUGCCAGGGAGGCUGCCACCAUGGAGCUCAAUAAACACUGCCAAACUCA